UCUUUUUUUCCCUUUUCUCCCUCAUUUUUUCUUUUUUUUUUUCUCCUUUUUUUUUUUUUUUUUAUUAAGAGUGUUUGUUUGAUAUACGAGGGUACAUGUAAAAUAAGUAAUAAAAUGUACUCGCAGCAACAAGGACAACAACAAGGACAAGGGCAACAAGGUCAAUACCAAGUGAUGGAAAAUGGAUAUAACAAUAUUCCAUAUCUCCCACCACCUGCGUCCGUCAACUUUCGACAAAACCAACAGCUUCCACCACCACCACUGCCACCACCACAUCAUCAUCCUCAUCAUCACCAACAACAACAACAUCAACAACAGCAGCAUCAGCAUCAGCAUCAACAGUAUGUUGUACCACCUGAAGCCGUACCAAGCGCCACAGAUGCACCACCAACACCUCUAUUAUCGAUUACUCAGCUGGCUGAUUUUGCUUCUACCAUGGUCUAUCUAAUGUGGCAUGCAAGAAGACCCUCUGUCAUGGCUUUACAUGAUCAUUCGAAAUUCGUACAGCCCAGUCAUACGGAGGAUCGCAACCUGGGACAUUCGAGAGAGACAGCAAACAUCGCUAACCGUACUAGUUCUGCCUUUAAAAAGUUUUGUAAACAAAUUUUAUCUGCAACUCAACUUUCUGAAUCAGUCAUAUUAUUAUCACUAAAAUACAUUGCCAUGCUUUUACAAAAUAAUCCUAGUAUACAAGGCGCAGAUGGAUCUGAAUAUCGAUUAUUUACUGUAGCGUUGAUGUUGGCCAAUAAAUUCUUGGACGAUAAUACGUUUACAAACAAGACAUGGUCAGAAGUAUCUGGUAUGAAAGUCACGGAUUUGAACAUUAUGGAAUUAGAAUUUUUAGAUGUCUUGCGUUUUAAACUGUUUAUCCGAAAUGAUGAGUAUGAACGUUGGAAAGCCGCUAUUCUAUUGUUUCGAAAUCAACUUUUGAAUGCAGAUGAAGCACAAAAACAAGAACAUCAACAACAAUUAUUAGAGGAAUCAUUUAAGGGCAUUGUCUUGCCGAAUAUUCAACAACAGCAACAACAGCAACAACAACAAUAUCAAUUCCUACUCAUGUUAUCCAAAGCACAAUUACCUCAUUUCCCUACUCAACCAUUAAAUAGACCAUUAACGCGUGUGCCUUUACGUAUACCUUUACAACCCGUUUGGAGAAAUGCUCAGCAACAACAACAACAACAACAGCAGCAGCAACAACAACAACAAGUACAGGCAAAUGUCAGCGUCCCACCCGUAACCACGACUACGACUACGCAAGCACCACAAACGGUGACACCCAUGUAUGAACAACCUUCUUCUAAUUCCGAUUAUUAUCAUGCAAAGCCAGCUCCUACAUCGUAUGAUAGCUAUGCACACCGACCCAACGAGCAAGCCUAUCCUUACAAUACACCUUCUACGGUUAAUACGAGCACAUAUCAGCAAAUGUAUUCUCAGUCGAACACACCCAUCAGUACACCUUGUAGUAGAUUGUCAGGCAUUACAACAUCGAGUACAGCCCCUGCUGAUUACUAUAACCGAAACUAUACGCCGCAACAACCAUUAAGGACUCGAAAUUCGUUUUAUGGAGAACAACAACAACAAACCCCUCAACAACAACAACAACAAUCUGCCGAUUACUCCUCUUAUGAUAUGUCGGGGUCACAAUCAACAAGUGAUAUUUAUUCACGAGUUCCAACAGCUGGUUAUCAACAGGUAUCUAUUCUUUUGAGAUGUAUGAUUUUUAUAUCUUUUUUUAAUUAAUCACUUCUCUUUUUUUGAUAGCAGCCACAGCAACAACAGUAUAGACCUGCACCUAUCCAAUUACAACUUCAACAACAACAACAACAACAACAAAUGUAUAAUAAUAAUAAUAAUUCAAGAAAAUACACUGGUCCUAUGCCAGAGGAUCCACUUACUG